CUGUUUGAAUCCGGUGCAGGUGCUCUUACCGGUUCAGAGCGGCGCUCCGGUGGACGAGGGCCGUUUGUCUCGUGCUCUGUCUCAGCUGGAGGACACUCUGGACAAACUGGAGUCCAUGUUCCUGCGCAGACAGCCCUUCCUGUGCGGCGAUGACAUCACGCUGGCCGACCUGCUCGCCGUCUGUGAGCUCACGCAGCCUCUGGGGGGGGACAGGGACGUCCUGCAGCAGCGUCCUGAGCUGCAGCGCUGGAGGAGCAGAGUCCAGGCCGCUGUCGGCGAGUCCUUCGACCGCGCUCACGCCGUGCUGUACGCCCUCAGAGCCCGCCAAAAAGCCAAGCUGUGACAUCACCACAGAGGGGCGGGGCCAAGACACACCUGACUGUCCGGCGUCCAGAGUCGAUGAUGAUGAUGAUGAUGAUGA